CCAGGGUGCUUACUUUUGGCAAUAGGGGAAAGAACUGAUUUAUAAGCCAUAGGAACAUCUUUUCACUUUCUAAAAACAGGUUAUAGAAUUAAUUAAAAUUGCAGCACAUCAACUCUGCACACGAAACCCACUCUACCAUUAGAGACUAAUGUAACCCAAAUAUGUGGAAAGUCAAAUAGUUUUUCCACAAAGCUAAUUUAGAUGGAUGGAUCAGAUAACAACUUGGAACUGACCAUAACAGAUACAUUUCUACUCAAAAACAGAUUUUCUGCCGUUUCUUGGCAAAAAUGGCAACCAAUGAUGCUGUUCUGAAGAGACUGGAACAGAAAGGUGCAGAGGCAGAUCAAAUUAUUGAGUAUCUUAAGCAGCAAGUUGCUCUUCUUAAGGAAAAAGCAAUUUUGCAGGCAACUUUGAGAGAAGAGAAGAAACUUCGAGUUGAAAAUGCUAAACUGAAGAAAGAAAUUGAAGAGUUGAAGCAAGAGCUAAUUCAGGCAGAAAUUAAAAAUGGAGUGAAACAAAUACCAUUUCCAUCUGGUACUUCACUGCAAGCUAAUUCUGAAAAUGUGAUACAGUCUAUACCAAUCACAACCAUAUCUUCUGGUGCCAAAGAACAGGUAAAAGGAGGAGGAGGAGAAGAAAAGAAGGUGAAAGAGAAACUUGAAAAGAAAGGAGAGAAAAAGGAGAAAAACAAACAAUCAAUAGCAGGAAGUGCUGAUUCUAAGCCAAUAGAUGUUUCCCGUCUGGAUCUUCGAAUUGGUUGUAUCAUGACUGCUAAAAAACAUCCCGAUGCAGAUUCUUUGUAUGUAGAAGAAGUAGAUGUUGGAGAAGCAGUCCCAAGAACAGUUGUCAGUGGCCUGGUGAAUCAUGUCCCUCUUGAUCAGAUGCAAAAUCGGAUGGUGAUUUUACUUUGUAACCUGAAACCCGCAAAGAUGAGGGGAGUCCUAUCUCAAGCAAUGGUGAUGUGUGCCAGUUCACCAGAGAAAGUUGAAAUCUUGGCACCUCCUAAUGGAUCUGUUCCUGGAGACAGAAUUACUUUUGAUGCUUUUCCUGGAGAGCCUGAUAAAGAGUUGAAUCCUAAGAAGAAGAUUUGGGAGCAGAUCCAGCCUGAUCUGUACACCAAUGAUGAGUGUGUGGCUACUUACAAAGGAGUUCCCUUUGAGGUGAAAGGGAAGGGAGUGUGUAGGGCUCAAACUAUGGCCAACAGUGGAAUAAAAUAAAAUUACAAUGCUUCAGUUACUGAAAUUAGAAAAACUUUAAUAACAAUAAAAAGAAAUACAUUGGUCACUUAUGUCUAAAACAUAA